CUGCUCAGCCGCCCUCGCUCUUAGCGCGCUAGGAGAGAAGCUGCCACGCCCGGAACCUUAGAAGGAGCGUUGCAGGCGACAAUGGCAGGCUCGGCGUUGGCGGCUCGGGCUCGGCUCGGUGUUUGGGGCAUGAGGGUCCUGCAAACCCGAAGCUUCGGCUCGGACUCGUCGGACAGCAUGGACCCUGGCGCUGGCUCCAUCCGAGAAGCCGGUGGGGCCUUCGGAAAGAGGGAGAAGGCCGAAGAGGAUCGGUACUUCCGAGAGAAGACGAGAGAGCAGCUGGCUGCCCUGAAGAAACAUCACGAAGAUGAAAUCGAGCAGCACGUGAAGGAGAUCGAGCGGCUGCAGAAACAGAUUGAGCGGCAUAAGAAGAAGCUGAAAACUCUAAAGGACAACAGCAAUUAG